CUCAUAUCCGUUUCACUUUGUCUACUGUAGAUUGUCUUGCAAACAUACAACAUACUUGCGUGUGGGUACUAAUGAGUUAUCUUAUCAACCUGUAGAUAAGAACCCUGUGCUACAAACACUCCUACCCAUUCGCUAGUGUGUCAUCAAGCAUCCUAUAAUUCACGUAUUAAUUAUUUUGGACAGUGAAAUUGUGUCAAAAUGGCGUCAAGGAGACCCAUCCUGUUUUAUUUGGCUGCAAUUCUGGUCGUUCUCAGUACCCUCACUCAAGAAACUGAAGCCAGAAGGAGAAUUCUUCGGGGUCGGCGUGUGAUGACCCGCACUUAUUACAGUGGAAAUGCUGUUCCUGCAUGGGCGAUUAGUCUAAUGGCUGGAAUCGGGAUGUUACUAAUAGGCGGUGUCUUGUACUUGGUUAUGAGGAAAAUUGUCUUGUCUUCAGAGACCGGUACUCUGAACACGUAUCAGCCAGCACUACAGAACGAAGAAGUUUAAAAAUAUAUUUUAAGAUUAAAUAAUUAUUUUUAUACUAUUGUAUUUAGCCAUAAAUCUACGUCUACGGCCCUCUAUGAUCACACCCACCGUGCUGCAAUGAACGAAGUUUUACGACAAUAAAAAUCGAGAUAAUCGAACUUAUUUUUCGAACUUGCAAUACACUUUGAGUACCUACUUACCUACACCUACGGUACCUACCUAUGUAUUAAUGUUAGAUGGUUACCUAUUUUGUGCAUGUUUUACUAACAGUAAAAUUGUAGGUGUUACUGUGUUAAUGAUUUUCAAUAAAACUACUUUGUAAUGUAA